UCGGAAACUACGACGUGCUUUGGAAUGAAUCGAGUACGGUGUGGAAUACAGUCAGGAUCGCGCAAUCUCUCUUGCCCCCGUCGAUGAAGCGCCAACACGCGCGGCUCGGAGCGCUUAUUACGAUCGAGACGUAAACCCGAGAUUCAUCCCGAGGGCGGUCGAGAAGUGAGAGGGAUCUUCUCGUGACGAGCGGCGGAUGCUGUUAAUGAUACCGAGGAGCACAGGCAGAGGCUACAGUGAGGGUGAUUUUCGAUGACGCGCGCGCCGAGCAAUCAGUUGUCCCGCCUGCGAGGGAUCCUUUCGGCAUGCGGAAGAAUAACGUUCGCGAAAAGGAUAGGAUAACCCGUAUCGAUGGGGUGAUCGCGAAGAGAACGAGUUCAUCGAACGAUACCGAAAAUCCGAAAGCCGGGCCCGAUGAAUCCGAGCGGAGGCGAACUCAGCUCUUGGCGCGGAAAUUGGCGAACGAGGCUCUCAGGUCGCCACAGCUGCAGCGCAAUAUGAAGAAGCUGGUAGAUCUGAGCAAGCCUCGUCGUCGUAAUCACUCGGUCACGAUGAAGAGCUCAUCGGGUCAGACGGGAAGCGCGUUCAAGUUACCGCGAGUAAGCUCGAGAAAGCCGAGCAAAUCACCGAAACGAGAAGGAACGCGGAGAAGAAUGAGGAGUAAACGCAGACGCGGACUGAAACGACACAAGGAGCGUCAUCCUUGGCUGCGUAAGAGGAAACGCGUUAAGGGAACGAGACAAGGGGAAACCGACGAGACGGGCAUCGAAAGGAUCACCCGACAGAUCUCGAACGGUUCCGUCCUGAGCAACGAUAUAUUUGCCAAUCGCUCACUCACGCAGCAAUUCGCGAACGGAAGCUACCACGAUCAAGAUCUAACCGACGAUCAAGAUCCAAUCGAAUCUUUGAGACCCUGGGAGGGCGAUCGCCCUGCGAUCGCUCAAACAGACGACGACAACGGGAUCGGUUACGCGCCUACGUACUUGCCAAUCCUCACCGAUCAGAAGGUCAAGCCUGGAAGUCUGUAUUACAUCCCCAACGUCCCUCAGGAAGACCCAGAAUUCGGUCAACUUCAGGAGACCAUCGACCAGCCCGGGAGGAACGCGCCUGUCGACGGGGCAGAAUCUUCUAGCGAGAAUCCGAUGGAUUCCUACGCAGACCCGCAGAUUCUCACCACUGACGAGAACAGCGUCUUCGACCCGCGACUCGAGGCCGACCGGGUUCUCGGCGAAGCGCCACGUUAUCAGAAUCCUUCGAGCCCUGUACAUCGCUUGUACGUGAGCGAAAAGCCUGAGGUGGUUAAGCCGGAAGAGAUGGAGGUGCUCUACCCGGUCGAAUCUUACGUUCAAGUACAGACCGGGUCGUCGACGAGUGCACCGCAUUUUUUUCGCAAAGUCCCCGGCACUUUGAACGUGUACGUCGCUAAUGGGAAGAAUGGUGGACGCGUAAUCGCGCCAGUGUCCGAAUAUGUUUACCCUGUUGCGCCCUUAUUGAGGCUACCCAUGCGCAAGGUCAACGAACACGUCUCUCAAUCGAUCCUCAAUUCGCCGGUUGAACAUAUUCUGCUUGCCGACCGAGAGCAGACGAUGGUUGGGAGAAAUAAUGAAAAGGAGACUGCUCGAAAUUCUCGUGAACGAUACAGGAGUAAAGCAAACGAAGGGACCGCGAAUAGCAAGGUGACGCACGAGGAUCGCUCCUCGUCCGUGAUCGGGGCGACGAAAGGCGCGGAAAGCCAACGCGCAAAUGUCUCCGCGAUGUUGAACGAAACGAAGGAAGUCGCCAAUCAGAUACUCGAAAAGAUCGUAGACGAGUUGGAGGAGAUUAGAUCGGAUCGGCCGGAAAACGAGCAAAUAGAAGGCUUACCUUGCAAGAUAUCAGGAUCGUGGGUGACGACGCAGGGCGGAGUGCGGAUUGACAUGCAGGUGACGAAUCACACCAUCAACGCGACGCUGGCGAAGCUGUCACCGCCUCCUGUGCAUCAGGGUUUGCUGGACCCGGCCUGGAAUCUGACUGGAUACGCACCCUUCGCACCGGGUGCGCCGUUUUCCUUGGUCGCCGUCGACAACCGCACGAAGUCAUUAGCGGUGUUCGCAGGUGCGGACGCCUGGCCGAGUAAUAUUUAGCGCGUCCUCCUCGGCGAGUAUCUAAUCGCGAGGAAACUCUAACAGGAACUUCUUAAAAAAAAAAAAAAAGUUCUACAACGAUUAUACGCAGGUGCGUGCCGAGUGUGCCAAGGUAUCGACACGAUAGCGGGCGUUUGGUCGAUCGCCCACAGCCCGCAAGAUUGCCGAGACUUUCAGAUAGCCACGGGCAUCUACAACGACGUGUUUCGCCGGACCAAAUUGUCGUCGGCGAUAAACGUCAAGCACCGGGAGAUCGUGCGAUUGUUGCGCGAUCGGAACAACACGACAACGGCCGCGACGACCUUGACGAGCAGUACGCAAAAAAAUAAUACGUUACCGCAAAACAAGGAAAAGGGAAAGACUUGAGUGUCUCGAGGCGAACUUGAGGAAUCGGUAGACGGAUGAUGAUGAUGAUGAUGAUGAGGAUGAUGAUGUUGAUAGACAGACGGAUCGGAAAAUUUACGAAUGGACGCAUUGUGCUAGAAACAAAAAGAAGUAUCUUAUAUUGUUACCAGUAAGAUUUGGUAUGUAUGUGUAAACUUUAGAAAGAGCGCAAGCCACGUGUGAACUUUAAUUAAUUAUCUUACGUCGAGA